GUUGUGACGUCAUAAUUGUGACGUCAUCACUGGCAUCUGCUUCGAAGAAGUUCGAGUAGGUCGCCGGCUGAGAAGAAUGCAGAAUUUUGAUAAUUCAUGUCGAUGAAGGACCCGUGUCAAAAGCAAGCUUGUGCAAUUCAGUAUUGUUUGCAGAUCGUUAUGUCGAAAUACCGUGGGUCUUCCAUACCUGAAGCAUUUCGACAAGGUCCAGCUCCUCCAAGUAGAGUAGCAAGAGGUCCUCUACAGUAUAAAGCUUAUCCACUAGAUUCUAAACCUUGGGUAGAAAAGGUACAACCAAAGGGUGAAGCAAAGAAAAUUGGCAGGUUUGCUUUAUGGGUUAGGAACAACCCAAGGAAAGCUCAUCAUGUGAUCCUCAGCCUAGGUCUUUUGGUGUUCUUCAGCCGUCCUCUGUAUGACAUAUUUUUUAGGGAUACAGACAAGGAUCUUCUCACCAGUGGGAGUCUAAAACGCCAGUAAUAUCCUUGUUAUCAAGUAUGGAAUCGGUCAAGAAAGCCCAGAAUCGUCUUCGUAUGUAUCCAAAGUUGAUUUAUCAGUGUGGACCAAUAGCAACUGAAUAUGCUCGUUGUGUAGCACUUAAAGAAAAUGUUUUGAAAGGUGA